CAAGGCCGUUGACAUGCACCUCCUACGAUCUCUUCGGCACUCGGUAACGAUCGCAAGACCUUCGACCGCACGGUUAGCGAGANCAUUCUGUAGCUUCCCGAGGCUCAAUGUCGUUCGUGGACUCUUGACCCAAGCAAGGGAUCGUGGACCUAGUGAUCCUCCGCUGAUCACACAAACUAUACCAGGAUACUUUAAAGAUGUGGUUACUCGUCAUCAGAACACGACAUUGACCUACGAAGACCUGGAUAUCCAGAGUGAUGCUCUUGCACGAGGGCUCGAGAGGCAGGNNGGAGUCCAGAAAGGCGAUCGCGUUGCCGUGAUGCUAGGCAACAGCGUCGAAUAUUCUGUUAUCACUUCAGCGCUAUCGCACCUUGCUGCAUCACAUCUCAUCAUAUCCUCGGAGAUUAAUCUGCCUUACAAAGCUCCGAAGUCAGUAAUGCCUAUACUCGCUCACCUGAUCCCAGACAUGAACAAGUCAAAAUUGGAAUCCGAGACCGUACCUAGCUUAAAACGAGUUAUCGUGGUUGACAACUCGACCGGCCGAGUAGAAACUGAAGCGCUCGGGGCGCUGAGCAGCUAUCUGGAUGUACUUCGAGACGGAGAGGGUGAGAGGUUGGUACCGAAAGAGUUGGAGGCGGAUGAGAUCGUUAAUAUCCAGUUCACAUCUGGCACGACGAGUAUGCCAAAAGCGGCGUGCUUGACACAUCGAUCCGUACUCAAUAAUGGCAAGAGUAUUGGUGAUAGAAUGUUGUUGACGCACAAGGACAUUGUCUGUUGUCCGCCCCCUUUGUUCCACUGUUUUGGAGCGGUGUUAGGUUACAUGGCGACCUCCACGCAUGGCUCAGCCAUCGUCUUCCNNCCCUCCGAAUCAUUCAACGCCGAGGCCACCUUACGUGCAGUCCAAGAGAAUGCAUGCACGGCACUUUAUGGCGUACCCACCAUGUUCAUCAGUGAGCUGGAGUUACUGGCCUCUGGAGUAGUGCCAUACGAAGGCUUCUCACAGUUGCGUACAGGCAUUGCAGCAGGCAGCAGCAUUCCUGCUGCGUUGAUGAGCAAGCUCCACGAUGUGCUCGGACUAACACAGUUGACGAUUUGUUAUGGCAUGACGGAAACCAGCCCAGUCAGUGCAAUGACUACGACCGAUGAUCCAAUGUGGGCUCGACUCGAGACCGUGGGUCGACUUCUCCCACAUGUGGAAGCCAAAGUCGUAGAUGCAAAUGGAAAAAUCGUACCGCCAAACGUACGUGGUGAGCUCGCUGUUGCUGGGUACUUGGUCAUGAAGGGCUACUGGNGGGACGAAGCUCGUACUCAGGAGGCAAUACGAUCAGAAGAAGGUACGCUGUGGAUGUAUACUGGUGAUGAGGCGAGUAUGGACGAGAACGGCUAUGUACGGAUCACCGGGAGACUCAAGGACAUGAUUAUACGCGGGNGCGAAAACAUCCAUCCUCUGGAGAUUGAGAACGCUAUCCUCAAACUUCUAUCCGUGACAGACGUCUCGGUGGUGGGACUGCCAGAUCCAAAGUAUGGUGAAGUGGUUGCAGCCUUCAUCAUGCCAAAGAACGCAAAUGCGAACGAGGAAGAGAAGACGCAAAUGGCAAGAGAGAUCAAGAAGUGGGUCAAGGAGACGUUGAGUUCGCAUUUGGUGCCAAAGUACAUCUUUUGGUCCAAGGGGUGGCCGAAGACAGCGAGUGGAAAGAUCCAGAAGUUCAAGUUGAGAGAGAUAGGUAUUGAGCUUGCUGAGGGUGGGCAUGGCGUGUAUACG